UCUUCAUCGACCCGUAUGGAUGAAAUUUUAAUUCUGCACAUUACACAAUACAAAUAAAAAUGUAUUUUUGUCAACCUUUACUUUUAAUUUGUACCAUUCUUAUCUUAGCAGUACAUACGCAAUGUAAGAAAGAUUUAAAAGGGCCUGGAAGAUCGUCAUGUUGUUUUAGUGAUUUUCGCCAAGGUUAUUGUAAUUUCUCGGAAGUUCGAGUUAUAGACAUACCUCAAGAGUGCACGUCUUUAGUUUUCAAUGGGGCUUUUGUGGGUUCAACCUUUCAAGUUGAUAACGCCGAUUUACAAAUCAAUUACACGGUUUUAGACGAAUUAUUGAAAAGUGAAAUAGAUGUAUUUAUAUACUACGGCCCUAGCGUUGAAUCGAAUUGGACCUUAAUGUUUCCUAAUGAAUGUUCUGAUGGAGGAAAGAAUUUAUCAAAAGCAAUGGAAGGAUUAAACACUUUUUUGACCGAUCAUAAGGGGUUAGCUGGUGUUAUACUUACUGCUAUACAGUCUGAGCCUGAGGAAUCAGCAUUUCCGACAUAUUCUGAAAAUUUUAAAAAAUAUGUUGAUGUGUUGAGAAAAAAGUUUCCAGAAUUGAUCAUUGGAUUGGAUAUAUUCGGAGGUGUUCUAAUGAAUCAGUAUAUGGAUCCAAAAUUCACUUGGUUGAAUAUCAGCGUUAUAGACUACGCUAUUGAUUUUUACGCUGUUACUACAGAGUACUUUAAUUUAUGCACUGCUGACUUCAGAAAUACUGGAGUUGCUCCACUGAAUGGAUCAAAUACCAAUCAUACAUUGGAUAAAUUAAAAGAUGUCUUACAGCAGGCAUGUAUACCAACAGAAAAAACAUACUUUACAUUUAUACUUAACCCGGAUACACCUGAUGAUACACUUACUAUGUGUGAUGUGAAUAAUGAAAAGGUGUGUACUCAGCCACAAGUAGCAUGUGAUUGGUGUGUAGAGACCUUAUUAUCAUACAAUGAAAAAGGUCAAUUUGCGCAUACAAACGGAGCAGGAUUUAUAGCUCGUUACAUUGAUUUUGAUGACCCUAAUAAUUGCUGUAACUGUGAAAAACCAUUUCCUACCUUUAACGCUAUUCUAGAUGGUUUUAAUGGUGUUCCAACAAAACCUUGUGAUUUAUUUGAUUUACCUUAAAAAAAAAAUCAUCAAACUUUGAAAACAAUCAU